CCCAUAAACUAAUAGUCGUGAGGAGAAAGAGGACCUAUAUAUAUAUAUAUAUAAGUUCCAUAUAGAAGCAGUCCCCAUUAUCCUGAUCAGCAGCUCCAGAAUUACUAGCUAUACAACAUUUUCAAUUUUCAUUCACAACCGCUAUCGAUAUAUAUACGGCAAGAUCACACCUACGGUUUCCAAAAGUUCAAUAUAUAUAGGAUGUCGACGGUAGAUCGUGGAAAUGCGGGUUCAUAUGGACUGCGGCGGUUGCCAGAGUAAAGUGAGAAGUGCACUCGAAAAGCUCAAAGGCGUGGACACUGUCGAAAUAGACCUGAGCCUCCAGAAGGUGACCAUCACCGGUUGGGCCGACCAGAAGAAGGUCCUCAAGGCGGUGAGGAAGACCGGGCGGAGGGCGGAGCUGUGGCAGCUGCCGUACAAUGCAGAGUGCGACAACUAUUCAAUCUACAACCAGCACCACUGCAACGGGCCUACCAACUUGCACGCUCCUCAGUCCUCUUCUCACUACAACUACUACAAGCACGGAUACGACAACAGCAGCUACGGCAGGUAUUACAACUACCACGGGGCACACUCCACGACAUUCGGGCACCAGACCAGCGCCGCGUUCAGCGACGAAAACCCUCACGCUUGCAGCAUCAUGUGAUUGAGGAACAACCUUUUAUUCUGUUAAUUAUUAUAUAUUCCACCGCUAUUUUUUUCCCGGGGGAUCAAUAAGAUGUUUGGACAACUGAAUUUUCUGAAAGUGGAAUUCGAGACGUUACAAUGGUACUCUUAUCAUGAUAAAGCAAUUACGAAA